AUGGAGAACAAGGGCCACGUGGCCAUCAACAUGUCGGGCAGCGGCUCGCUGGACGUGGCGCUGGCCAGGGAGGAGGCGCUGCACCGCUUCCGGGACAUCAACUGGGCCACCUACACGCGUGCCGGAGGGUUCUCCCUGGAGAAGACGGAGAUCAAUGCGCUCAAGGACCUGGAAGGCGUCAUCAAGCCGGGAGCAGACGACGCCACGAAUGUCAAGGCAGUGGACGAGUUCAUGAGCGAUGCUGGGCCGCUGGUGGGCAGCGCGCUGCUCAAGCUCGUGAAGAAUGUGACGGAGCCGACGGUGCUCAAGUACUGCCUGGCCCGCAUGGAGGAGCUGCUGCCGGACGGUCUUCGUCUGCACAAGCGGAUGGUGUACUUCGUGCCGGAGGGGGGCAACGUGGAUGCGGCUCCGUUCUUGAGGAUGAUCCGUAACGACACGGGCUACAUGCAAUACGCCGCCAGCCACUUGCUCGCUCUUUUUCUCACGAUUCGACCGCGCCAGGAAGACGCGGAAGCGCUGGGCCAGUGGGUUAUUCAGGCGCUGAAGACUGGAGCCUUGCCGACGUCGACGAACGACUCAACCCGCGCAAACGUUACGCGUGCCGCGGUCUCGUCUUUGAUGGUGCUCCUGCGCAAUGAGAAACUGCGCGUGGUGUUCGUUAAGCAAGGCGGUGUGGCUCCAGUGGUGGAGUUGCUGGAGAGCUCACAGAACCGCGCUCAGCUGGCGUAUGAGCUCACGUUCAUCUUGUGGACUUUGGCGUUUUGCAACGAAGCUAUGGAGAAGUUUGUGGCCGCCAAGGCACUAGAUGCAAUUGUGCUCCAAGUGGCAGCAGCUCCUCGCGAGAAGGUCGUGCGCGUUGCCUUGGAAGCUCUUCAGAACUUACUUGGCAAACUGAGUGGCUUCUUCAACGAGCGUAUGAUUGACAGCGGCUUGCUGAAGACGCUAAACAACAUGCGCGAGAGAAAGUGGGCUGAUGAAGAUAUCGCGAAGGGCAUUCAGGCCGUCCGUGAUGUGCUCAUUCGUGAGUACAAAGAACUGAAUACGAUGGAGCGCUACGAGAAGGAACUACGAACGGGAACCCUGAACUGGGGUCUGCUACACACGGACAAGUUUUGGAAGGACAACUUCAUGACGUUCGAGAACAAGGACUUUGAGCUCAUUCGUUUGUUGAUCGACCUGUUGGAGUCCGACGACUCAAAGACGGUUGCUGUGGCUCUGUUCGAUCUGGGAGAGUUUGUGCGCUUCUACCCGAACGGCAAGCACAUCGCCAAGACGCUUGGAGCGAAGAAGGUGGCAAUGAAGCUCAUGACUCACGAGAACGCAGAGGUGCAAAAGCAAGCUCUACAGUGCAUCUCGAAGAUGAUGGUCAACAAGUGGGAGUUUGUCAAGUAA